AUGGCGAGUGCGGCCUGGGGUUCGAGGCCGUGGUCCCCACUCGGGCUCCUGCUCCAGCUCGUGGCGCUGCUCGGGACGCGCGGACCGCAGGUCCAGACCCUCAGACCAGAGAGCCUCCUGCUGGUGUCCACCUUGGAUGGAAGUCUCCAUGCACUGAGCAAACAGACAGGGGACUUGAAGUGGACACUGAAGGAUGAUCCCAUCAUCCAAGGACCAAUGUAUGUCACAGAAACAGCCUUUCUCUCAGACCCAGCCGAUGGCAGCCUGUACAUCUUAGGGACCCAGAAACAGCAGGGCUUAAUGAAACUGCCAUUCACCAUCCCUGAGCUGGUUCAUGCCUCUCCCUGCCGCAGCUCUGAUGGAGUCUUCUACACAGGCCGGAAGCAGGAUGCCUGGUUCAUGGUGGACCCCGAGUCAGGGGAGACCCAGAUGACGCUGACCACAGAGGGUCCCUCUACCCCAUGCCUCUACAUUGGCAGAACGCAGUAUACGGUCAUCAUGCAUGACCCAAGGGCCCCGGCCUUGCGCUGGAACACCACCUACCGACAAUACUCAGCACCCCCCAUGGACGGCUCACCUGGUAAAUACGCAAGCUACCUGGUGUCUUGUGGGAUGGGUCUGCUGCUCACCGUGGACCCAGGAAGUGGCACAGUGCUGUGGACACAGGACUUGGGCAUGCCUGUGAUGGGCAUCUACACCUGGCACCAGGACAGCCUGCGCCAGCUACCACAUCUCACGCUGGCUCGAGACACCCUGCAUUUCCUUGCUCUCCGCUGGGGCCACAUCCGACUGCCUGCCUCAGGCCCCCAGAAUACAGCCACCCACUUCUCUGCCUUGGACACCCAGCUGCUGAUGACACUGUAUGUGGGGAAGGAUGAAGCUGGCUUAUAUGUCUCUAAAGCACUGGUCCACACAGGGGUGGCCCUAGUGCCUCGUGGACUGACCCUGGCCUCCACAGAUGGCCCCACCACAGAUGAGGUGACACUCCAAGUCUCAGGGGAGCGAGAGGGCUCACCCAGCACUGCUGUCAGAUACCCCUCAGGCAGCGUGGCCCUCCCUAGCCAGUGGCUGCUCAUUGGACACCACGAGCUACCCCCCAUCCUGCACACCACCAUGCUGAGGGUCCAUCCCGCCCCAGGAAGUGGGACUGCUGAGACGAGACCCCCAAAGAGUACCCAGGCCCCAGCCCGCUUCUUGGAGCUCUUGAGCCUGAGCCGGGAGAGACCUUGGGACCCGGAGAUGCAUCCAGAAGAGAAAACUCCAGACUCUUAUCCCAGGCUGGGACCCCAAGACCUGCUGGCAGCUAGCCUCACUGCUGUCCUCCUGGGUGGGUGGAUUCUCCUUCUGAUGAGGAAGCAGCAGCAGCACCUGGUGGAAAAGCAGGAGGAGACGCCCCUGGCACCGGCAGACCCUCCUCACAUCUCCCAGGAUACUCAGUGCCAGCACUCAGGGGCCACCCUGAGGGGCAAGAAGAGGCUUCAAAGCCCCUCAAAGCAAGCCCAGCCACUUGAUGACCCUGAAGCUGAGCUCACUGUGGUGGGGAAGAUCUCCUUCAAUCCGAAGGAUGUGCUGGGCCGUGGAGCAGGUGGGACUUUUGUUUUCCGUGGACAGUUUGAGGGGCGGGCAGUGGCUGUCAAGCGGCUCCUCCGUGAAUGCUUUGGCCUGGUUCGGCGGGAGGUCCAGUUGCUGCAAGAGUCUGACAGGCACCCCAAUGUGCUCCGCUACUUCUGCACCGAGAGGGGACCCCAGUUCCACUACAUUGCCCUGGAGCUCUGCCAGGAAUCCUUGCAGGAGUACGUGGAAAAACCCGACCUGGACCGUGGGGACCUGAAGCCUGAGAUGGUGCUGCGGCAACUGAUGUCUGGCCUGGCCCACCUGCAUUCUUUACACAUAGUACACCGGGACCUGAAGCCAGGCAACAUUCUCAUCGCAGGGCCUGAUGGCCAGGGUCCAAGCAGGGUGGUCCUCUCGGACUUCGGCCUUUGUAAGAAGCUGCCAGCAGGCCGCUGUAGCUUUAGCCUCCACUCAGGCAUCCCUGGCACAGAAGGCUGGAUGGCGCCUGAGCUCCUGCAGCUCCUGCCACCAGGCAGUCCAACCACCGCAGUGGACAUUUUCUCAGCAGGCUGCGUGUUCUAUUAUGUGCUUUCCGGUGGCAGCCACCCCUUUGGAGAGAGUCUUUAUCGCCAGGCAAACAUUCUUGCGGGAGCUCCCUGUCUGGCUCACCUGGAGGAAGAGGCCCACGACCAGGUUGUUGCCCAGGACCUAGUUGAAGCCAUGUUGAACCCGCUGCCGCAGGCACGCCCCUCUGCUCCCCAGGUGCUGGCCCAUCCCUUCUUUUGGAGCAGAGCCAAACAACUCCAGUUCUUCCAGGACGUCAGCGAUUGGCUGGAGAAGGAGUCUGAGCAGGAGCCCCUGGUGAGGGCGCUGGAGGCAGGAGGCUAUGUGGUAGUCCGCAACAACUGGCACAAGCACAUCUCCAUGCCGCUGCAGACAGAUCUGAGAAGGUUCCGGUCAUAUAAGGGAACAUCAGUGCGAGACCUGCUCCGUGCUAUGAGAAACAAGAAGCACCACUACAGGGAGCUUCCAGUUGAGGCACGGCAGGCCCUGGGUCAAGUUCCUGACAGCUUCGUCCAGUACUUCACAAGCCGCUUCCCACGGCUGCUCCUCCACACGCACCGCGCCAUGAAGAGCUGCGCCUCCGAGAGCCUUUUCCUGCCCUACUAUCUGCCAGUCUCAGAGGCUGCUGGGAGCUGA